AGCUGACUUCAGUCUGCCGCUCGCUUGGCUACGAGGCGGACGCACUAGCUCCACUCUGCUCCCCAGUCUCUCUUCAGCUGGAAACCCGUUCGCGAGCGUCGCGCAUGCGCCGUGUGUUUCGUAAUUGCGAUCGCGUCGUGUCCCAGUUUCUUGGCGUUCGCUUUUCAUUUCGUUGCGGUGGAAUCGCUCGACUGUUGGCCAACCGAAAUGCCUCUCUGAAAGGUGGCUCGCUCAAGUCGAAUAAUCUAACCAAGCGGCCAAGUGAUGUGCAAUCGACUCGAUCCGCCGACAGGAUUCAGUUUGGGACUAAGACAAAAACAGUAUGAGAUCGCAUGUGGCCGUUUACAGGGCGCCAGAAUCAGCAGCACCACCACCACCGCCGCCCAACUACGCGUCCCUGCGAUACCACCAGCAUCCGUUGAGCCAUUGGCCGGGUAGCCAGCAUCCAGCUCCUGUGUACAGGCUGCAUCAUGGUCCGCCGUCUGCACCACCGCCCAAUUGGGCAGCUCAAUCGGCUGGCCAACCACCUCAGCCUGUUGGCUAUGGAGUGGUUAACCAGCAGCGGAUCAAUGAGUGCGCCGGCAUACCGCUCAUCUCGAAUGCCUCCAGUCACUUGUCGCCAGCACAGCGACAGAGAUUGCUGAGGAAAUCCGCUCUUAAAACAUGUCCAACCUGGCCACCUGGAGGGGCCACUAUGUCCCAGCUGGCUGUGCAUGCCCAGGGCAUGCCGCUGCUCCAGCAGAAUGGCAAGCAGCACCAUCUCCAGCAACAGCAGCUGCAGCACCACCAACCGCAACAUCACCAUCAUCCUGUGGCCAACAACUGGAGUGGCUACCAGCCGAUGAGCAGUCAGCCUGCUUUCAAGUUGGCUGACAAAUCUCGAGCCCUUCGCUAUCAGAAUUCGGCACCACCUGUGCUCAGUAGCCAAGAGAAGACGCCUAACAAUGCUGCUGGCCAGGAUCACGGCACCACACCAGCGGAGACCUGUCUGCCAAGGAUCAUUAAACCCAGGAAGCGACGCAAGAAGGAUCGCAAACCGGGCAAUGGGGUUUUGCUCAAAAUUGAGACGGAUUUGCAACCGAAAAUGACCAAUCCGCUAGACGGUUACACCGCAAAUGCGGGUGGAUCUUACCACCUACCAUCUGGAAUAUUUCAGCAUGAUCAUACGCACGGAGUCUGCUUUUGCCGAGAAUGUGACCCACUUCGUUCGCUUUGGGAUUACCCGCUUCGGCGAUCGCUUUCCGAUGCCUCUUCCAGCGAGCCAGGAGGCGGAAGCCGAGAGUCCUCCUCCUCAACGUCAUCCACGCACUCGGACAGCUCCUGCGAUAGCUCCAUUUGCAGCCAGAGCCUGCCCAGCUCAUUGGCCCUGCAGGAGGAGACCACCGAGGAAUUUGCUCCCAUUACCGGCGAUAGCAGCCGGGCGGAAAAAGUGGGAGUAAUCGGAUCCCAGCGGAGUCAUCCGAGCGCAGUUGCCACACCCUCGCAAUGCCUGAGCGAUGAUUCCGGCUACGGGGAUAUCCUGAGUGGAAUCAACAUUGCCAACGAUCUGUUUGGAAAUUGCUGGCGUGGUGGGAAGCUGGGCAACGCCUGCUCCUCGAUUUCCGCCCAGGCGGAGACGCUGCUCGAUGCGAGCCUCAAUGAGAUAUCACGCAAGCUGAUCGAGACCUGCAAUGCGGUAGAUCACGCGGGAUCGGAAUCGGGAUCGGGAUUUGGAUCGGGUGCAGCCAGCGACAGCGGCUUGGAUAGCGCUGGCAGCCACAACUGCGGGUCGGGCCUUGUCUUUAACUUUGAGCAUUUGAAUCUGACGGAUGCGACGCCCACAGCCUUGGAUUUUCUCGUGGAUUGCAACAACAAUAGCAGCAGCAGCAGCACCAUUGGCAACGGCAACAGUUUGGGUUUGAUGUGGCACGGGGGAAGGCAGCCUAGUGGAGGUGGCAGCCACGAUGACAGCCAAGUGGCAGCUGCCAAACUGGGCCCAGACAGCCGGGCCACACCCACCAGGCUGAUAUUGGGCACGGUGGGUAAGCUGAAGCCAGCGUUUUCCACCAUCUCGUGACGAUGCCAGUGGAAAACUAAUCAAAUCCAAAGCCAUGAAAAUGGGAAACGAGACGAGACGAUAUCGCAGCCCAGAAAGUGGCUCGUUUUGCGACGAUUUGGUGAAACGUGAGACGAGAUAGCGAUGCGUGGGCGACUUCGGAUUGGGAAAUGUAAAUCUCCUCGAUGGAUUUUUGAAUUUCUACCCAACCCAAGUUGCGCAACUCCAGCGAACACGGCGAAGAAAGAAGAAAACCCAUUAAAUGGAUAUAACGCACAUGUGAGGUGAUCAUCAUCAUCAUCACAUCAUCAUCAUCAAAAACAUCGACGUGAUCGGAGCGAAAAACAAAAGGCCAACGAGUUGACCAAAUGGGCGCAGGCAGGCUGGCAAGCAGGCUGUUGGAUACGAUCCCCGGCUAAAUGGAAACUUAUAUAGACAGGCCGGGACUGGAAACCAUGUACAUACGAAUCCCAGUCCGACUUCCACUUCAACUUUCACUUUCACUGCGGCGGCGGCGGCGUUUUGUAUAUCUGUAUUUUUUUUAAGACAUUUUUCUUUUCUUUUUCUUUUUGCCAAGACCACAGAUCCACAGAUGACGGAGCUGCGGGUGGGGGUUACGGGAAGGGUGCGACUCUUAUGCAGAUUUUGUGGCGCAAAAAGAAGAAGAAACUGUAGAAAUCGUGUAGAUGUACGAUGUGAACUCUAGAGAUACUUUAACUAUACCCCCAUACAUAUCUCCAUCUACCUUACACAUACAAUUAGUUGUUGUUGUUAUUUGUGCAUUAACGUUAUUCCAUAGGGCCAAAAAGCCAAGCCACCUGUCCCCAAUUGUACUCCCAAAAAUCUGGGAAUUAUAUAGGGCUACAUAUUUAGGGUGUUAAUUUUUAUCGUAGAGCUUAGGCAACGUUCCUACAUGUUAGUUUUGUAUCUUUAUGUAUUUUUUGGGUUCUAUUUUAUUUUAACUGAUUAGUUGGUUUGGAUGUUUUUACUUAGUCCGUAAUCGAAGCGCUACAACGUGAACUUUUAUAGCCGAUAAGUUAUAUGUAUAUGGGGAAACACAAAAACAGAUUGGAUCUCUAGUGGUUUAUAGCGAUGUUCUACUAAAAGCUUAUAUCUGUGCAUGAUAAUUUAUUAUAAUAUAGGGGUAGAGGAUUUUUCAACAAGCCUUGUUCGAUUGAAAGAAACCAAAACCUUCAGAAGAUUCGCUUUGAGCUGAUAACUCAUUCUCUCCAAUUGAAUAUUCAUAAGCCUAAAGUGAGAGUUUCAUUCUCUGAGGCGAUCAUUCAGUUAAUUCGUUAUCCACAUCGCGUUAUAUCUUCGAUAUGAGAUUCGCAAUUUGAGGGGCGCAUAAAACAGGCGAACGAAGAUCUGGUGCACAAUUAAUUCCGACUCCGAUCGCCUCGCCAAGCAUAAAAUCUAAAUCUGAAAAUCGAGAGCAGCCCUAGUUACCUGCUUACUGCUUACUGCUUACUGCUUACCUGUGCUGCAGUUAGUCGGCGAGUAAAAGUUUUCGCCUUAUUUUUAAUUAAAAGAAACUCACGAACGCGCAGCGCGCACUGAAAUUGCUUGAAGUUUUCCGCUCUGCUCGACGACUCGACUCCUCUAGCUCAAACUUGGCUUGGCUGAAAUUAACUUGGCUCGAAUCGUGUUGGCUGGGAGUAGCAAUCGGAGUUGUCUCAGCAUCUCGGCAUCGCGCUGGAAAAUGUCACAGAUUUUCCAUUGGCAGGUUCCGGGCAGACAGUUUGUGUUACCAUUCCCCAGAUAGAAAUUACCACUCGAAGCUAAUUUAUUUAAUUAAUAUUUUCACUAGUUCGUAUUGUGUGCGCUCCCGCAUUCUUAUUGUAGUGCUUGUGUUUAUUCGUAAGCAUCGUUUUUGCACAAAUAACAAUCCUAUAGUUAACCCGACCCAUCAACAAUACACCGCAUUUGUAACCCACACACAAUAUGGCCAACUUAUUUAUUUUGAUUAAGCCCGAACGACGAGAACCCAAUAAAAAGUGUAAACAAAAAUGUCAAACAAAAA